AUGGGCUCAAUCGCUACUGAAUUCAAGAACCCGGCAACCGCUACUCUUCUGGAGCUAGUCAAGGGACGCCGCACAUACUAUGGUCUCAAGGCCGAGAGCCCGAUCUCUGACGAUGCCAUUGAGCGUAUCGUGCAAGACUCAAUUCUGCAUGUUCCCAGCUCAUUUAACACACAGACUUCUCGUGUAGUCUUGCUAUUAAAUGAAGAACACCAGAAGGUAUGGGAUCUAGCCAUUAGCGCGAUGGAGGGCCUCGUUGCCGCCGGUGUCCUUCCUCAGGAGGCAUUUGAGAAAUCCACAAAACCCAAGCUCAAUUCUUUCCGUGCGGCAUAUGGAACAGUUUUGUUCUUUGUUGAUUACGAGACUCUUGGUCCCAUUAAGGAGAAAUUUGCUAUCUACGCAGACAAGUUCGAUCCUUUUGCGUUGGAGUCAAAUGCCAUGUCCCAGUAUCUCGUCUGGGUUGCCCUCGAGUCCGAGGGCUUCGGUGCGAACCUUCAGCAUUAUAGCCCCUUGAUCGACAAGGCGAUCGCCAAAACCUGGGGUUUGCCCGCCUCAUGGAAGCUUGAUGCUCAACUAGUUUUUGGUACCCCUACUUCGGAGCCCGGGGAGAAGGCAUUUGAGCCCCUUGAAAACCGAUUCCGGGUUUUUGGCAAAUCAGUUUAA